GGUGUGGAGCGGCGGGCACGCCGUCGAGGCCUCCGUCACCGUUCCCCUCCAGGACCGACGCGCGGCGCGGCGUCGUGGCGAUGCGCGUGGGGUCGGACCCGCGGGCGGGCGCCGAGGCGCCCGCCGCCGUGUCCUUCCGCCUCGCGUGGGACUCGCCCCAGGAGUGGGGCGGCGUGCAGGACGACGUCCAGUUGCGGCUGGAGUCGCGGGCGAGCGGUCAGGUGCAGCUGAUCCGAAUCCGUGUGGACGGCUCGGGCGGCUUGGACGCUUUGCCCCCAGAGUUCCAGGCCCCGGGGCGGUUCGGCUGGGCGGCGCUCCUGGCGGCCGCGGCGCUGCUUUGGUGCUGCUGCAGGUGCGCCUCCUGGGGCUCCCGCCGCGCACCCGCGGACCGACGACGCCCCGGAGCCGCUGUGGGCACACGCUGGGGCGCCGGUGUUGGGCGCUGGCUUCGCGGGGACAGGCGAGCUGCCCCCGGUGGCGGCCGGGCUCGGGCCGAGGCACCCCUUCGGCGCCUCGCCCUUCCGCCCCGUGGCCGCCGGCUGAGCCGCCGCACGGGCGCGUUGCCGUCCCCCUCGGGUCGCCCGCCCACCGCCUCGUCAUCGUCGUCGUCGCCUUCGCCAUCGUCUGCGUCUUUCUUCCUGCGGCGGUUGCGUUCUCCUCCUCGGUUCCGUGGGCGCUAGGCGCACCAUGUCCCGCGGACGCUGGCGCGUCGCGCGCCAGCAGAGGGGGGAUAUGGCCCAUUCAGCG